ACCGCAACAAGUGUACUGAUGCUGCUCACCGAAACGACAGCUCGAGCUGCCAAUAAUCGACCAGCCUCACACACUUGAGUACCAAAGGACUCUGAGUUUGCUAGAACAACUUUUUAAGUUAUUGACUCCCUCUUUUUCCAUUUAUUCAUUUGAAUAACCAACGCCGGAUGUUUUCUCGCCCGCGACCUUUUACCAAGCCAGCUUUCAGUUUUGUAAUGUUAAAUCUUUUAGAAUUUAUCGGUUAGCUAGCCAGCUAACUAGCCUACUGUUUGAUGUUGCAAUUAGUCAUUUGUCACGAGAUGUUGCAAGCCAGUUUAUCAAACAGCAGCCUGCUACUUCCGACAUGUUUUCGUGUGUAAUCAUCGAUUGCAGGACCCAAAAGACAUUUGGACCUUCAAGUAGCUUGCUAACUCUUUUAUUAGUAAAGUGUUUAUCGAUUAUGGCUAUCUAAUCAACAAAAACAGCUUCUGCUCUGUUGAUGAGAAAUACCGGUGGCACAGGACAACAUCAACGACUAUGAGAAGGGCGGGGCAGAGCGACGCAGCCCUGUCUACCAGCGAUGACUCCCUCUCCUGUCGCGAUGGCUCCUCCACCGACCCUGACCUUCAACCUCGAGCCUGGCCCCGACCCCUCGGCGAUCUUUACCCUACCCAGGGUCACGUGGAGAGGGCGGCGCCCCCGUCCCUGCUGUCUGGGUGUGGUGCCCAGGUACAGCUUGUGACCUAUGACCCCCACAAUGAGGAGAGUAGACUGAACGGGCUCAACACGGACACCUGGUCCAGCCGAGUGAUAGGCCACCCUGAGAUGAAGCCCUACCCCUCCAGGAUCAUGAGGCUCUUCUCUACCCAGAGGAAGUGCACCGUUCCUGGGGACAGUCCGGGCACAACCAGGCCCCUCUCCUUCCAGGGCCCUCAAUCCAGUGCCGGGGGCCCACAGGCUUGGCCAGUCCUGUCAGGGCUUGCCGUCAUGGGCUCCUUUAAGAAGCUGCGCUCCUCAGUGCUCCAAGGCAUUCAGAACCGAGGGACAGCUAAUCCGGAUGGGGAGUACGUCUCAGCAGCCAACCAGGGUGAAUAUAAUGGAAUGGUCACAACCAAUCAGAGCUUAAGACUGAGGUGUGGGGAGGGCUAUAGUGUGUCCAGUAAGGUGUCUAUUGGCCAGCAGAUGGCUGGGAUGAGCCCUUAUAGUUCUGAAAAUGAAGAAGAGGAGGAAGUAGUAGAUAAGGAAGAUGAACUGCAGAGAAACACACGCUUUUCAAGGAGUAUCCGGAGAGCAUAUGGGGCUGGGCGCAUCUCACUGCUGGACACUGGGCAGAACGGGGAACGCGGGGAGGGUCCAGGACAGGGGGUUUCAUCCAAUCAGAGGCCAGGUUUAGGCUCCAGUUCAGGGUCUGAGGUGAACCUCCAUUCGGAAGAGAGCGUCAACGUGCUGAGCAGACUAACCAAGAGUGCAGACAACCUACACCUUAAGGCCCCUUUCAGACGCAAAGCCCCUUCUCCCUCUCCAAAUGACUCACCUGGUACCAUUGGCUCUGUUGUGGCCAAUGUGGGCCGCAGCAUACAGAGAUCAGCCAGUGCCUCGUCCGUGGACCUUAGGGACCGCAGCCAGAGCCCUGGUCGCCUUAGAAGUCCCCUAGGGGCCAGGGGCCACAUGUUGAAGCUAGUGGGCAGCAUGACUGACCUGACUGUGAGACGCAGGCCUAACCUGUCCCCGUCACUUGCCCGGGCUCCCCCGUGACUCCCCUGUCCCCCCUCAGCCGUCUCCACGACGACUACUCCCGCCGUACACCCUGCCUUCCCGCCGGUGACCGUCAACGGCGGCCC